CGCGUGGGGCGGGCGGAGACCGCCGGGAUUAGGGGAUCCAUCCCCUCAUCCACGCGUUCACCCACCCACCCGUUCACCCGCCCGCCCAGGCAGCUCCCAUCGCUCCCCGCAGCGCCGCUCCAUGCCGGGCUCCACGCGGAGCCGGGAUCUCUCCGGGAAGGGCUGGCAUGUCCCAGCGGCGUGAGGCGGGGAGCCGGCUCCCUCCGGGGAGGGUGCCCGUGCCGAGGGGGCCGAGGAGGGCUGUGCUGGCCCCUCGCUGCUCGCCGGAGGGUUGGGAACGUGCCGGGGAGCUGGCGGAGGAGGGACGGCGAGGGAGCGCCGAGCGCCGGCUGGCCGGGAGGAGCGCGGAGCGGAGCGGGGAUGGAUGUGCCGCGGCCGUGAGAGGAGCCUUGCCGUGGGAAAGGGAGUGUCUGCCUUCGGCCGGAGCGUGGGACAACUGAGCCGGCACCUUCUGGGCUUCUGCUCCCGGGAUCUUGGGCUGCUGCCCCCGGAAUUUUUGGCUCCGAGGACCUGCGGAGGGUCGGAGGCUGCUGGACGCGGGAUCACCUGUCCCGGAGGAGAGCGCGGACAGCGGGGGAAGCUCCGUGUUUCUGGAGCGAGGAUCUGAGAGCUGAGAGGCGGCUGCCGGGGUGGUCAGACCCCCUGCCAUCCCUGCCGAGAGGAUAUGGAUUUUCCAGAUGCCGCGAGCUUGAGGAGAGGGGUCCCGUGCUGACCCCCCGUCCCUGUCCCAGCCCCGCUCCCGGGAGCCAGCGCCUCUUGGUGCCGUUCCCACACCAGCAGCGGCUCGUCCCCGUCCCGGUGGGCUUGGCCGUGGAACUUGAGCUCUCUCAGCGCUGGGGUUGUUGUUUGCUUUCUGCAGGCAGGUGUGGAUUGACACCUUCCGGGCUGGCAGAGGGAUUGCUGAGCACGGGAGCGCUGCACGUCCCCCUCUGGAGCGGGCUCGGACCUCACCCCAGGCUGUGCCUCUGGGAUAUGGCAGCCGUGGGGACAAACUCCUGCCCCUGAAGGUGCCCCCCAGCCCGCCCUGCCCUCCUGCGAGCCGAGAUGGGAACCUCUGGGAAAACUUAGGUUUUCCUGAAGACGCCCGGGGAGGGGAGGGAAGAGGGAUCCAUGUGAGCCUCGUGGCUGCCGUGCCGUGGAUGGAUGGACGGUGGGCUGAGCGUGGUGGCCCAGCAUGACAGCCUGCCAGUACCCCAUGGCGCCGGGGGCCCUGGAGCGGGACCGGCUGUACCAGCACAAGGUCUCCUUGGUGGUGCGGUACUUCAUGAUCCCCUGCAACAUCUGCCUCAUCCUCCUGGCCACCUCCACGCUGGGAUUUGCCGUGCUGCUCUUCCUCAAUAACUACAAGCCCAACAGUUACUUCACUCAGACGCCGCCGACGCCGCGGGAUGUGUGCCGGGGGAUGCUGUGUGGGUUUGGGGCCGUGUGUGAGAGGAGCUCCAGCGACCCCUCCCAGGCCUCCUGUGUCUGCAAGAAAACAGCCUGUCCUGUCGUGGUGGCCCCUGUCUGUGGCUCCGAUUACUCCACCUACAGCAACGAGUGUGAGCUGGAGAAGGCUCAGUGCAACCAGCAGAGGAGGAUCAAGGUCAUCAGCAAGGGACCGUGUGGCUCCAAGGACCCCUGUGCAGAGGUGACCUGCAGUUUUGGCAGCACCUGUGUCCGCUCCACCGAUGGCCAGUCGGCCAAGUGUGUGUGUCCGUCCUCCUGCAGCGGCGUUCCCGAGAAUCCCGUGUGCGGCAGCGACGGCCGCGACUACCGCAGCGAGUGCGACCUCAACAAGCACGCCUGUGACAAGCAGGAGAACGUCUUCAAGAAGUUUGAUGGCCUCUGUGACCCCUGCAAAGGCGUCCUAAACGACAUGAACCGCGUGUGCCGGGUGAACCCCCGCACCCGGCGGGCGGAGCUGCUGCCGCGCCCCGAGGGCUGCCCGCCCCGGAGGGAGCCCGUGUGCGGGGACGACGGCGUCACCUACGACAACGAGUGCGUGAUGGGGCGCUCGGGGGCCAUCCGGGGCCUGGAGAUCCAGAAGGUGCGUUCAGGGCAGUGCCAGCAGCAGGACAAGUGCAGGGACGAGUGCAAGUUCAACGGGGUGUGCCUGAACCGCCGCGGCUCCGCGCGCUGCUCCUGCGACCGCAUCGCCUGCGACGGCGCCUUCCGGCCCGUCUGCGCCCGCGACAGCCGCACCUACGGCAACGACUGCGAGCGCCAGAAAGCAGAGUGCCACCAGAAGGCUGCCAUCCCCGUCAAGCACAGCGGACCCUGUGACCUGGGCACACCCAGCCCCUGCCUGAGCGUGGAGUGCACCUUUGGGGCCACGUGCGUGGUGAAGAACCAGGAGCCCGUGUGUGAGUGCCAGCAGGUGUGCCAGGGCCGCUACGACCCCGUGUGUGGCACCGACAACCGCACCUACGGCAACCCCUGCGAGCUGGACUCCAUGGCCUGCGUCCUCAAGAGGGACAUCAGGGUGAAGCACAAGGGGCCCUGUGAGCGCUGCGGGAAGUGCCAGUUCGGGGCCAUCUGCGAGGCGGAGACGGGGCGCUGCGUGUGCCCCACCGAGUGCGUGCCCUCUGCCCAGCCCGUGUGCGGCUCCGACGGCCGCACCUACGGCAGCGAGUGCGAGCUGCACGUCCGAGCCUGCACCCAGCAGACCAACAUCCUGGUGGCCGCCCAGGGAGACUGCAAGUCGUGUGGCAGCACGGUGUGCUCCUUUGGCAGCCGCUGUGUGGGUGGGCAGUGCGUGUGCCCGCGCUGCGAGCGCCAGCCCCCGGCCCCGGUGUGCGGCACCGACGGGCUCACCUACGACAACCAGUGCGAGCUGCACGUGGCCUCCUGCCAGCAGAAGAAGAGCAUCGAGGUGGCCAGGACGGGGCCCUGUGAGGAUGAGUGUGGCUCGGGGGGCUCUGGCUCCGGGGAUGGCAGCGAGUGUGAGCAGGACCGGUGCCGGCAGUUCGGGGGCUGGUGGGACGAGGACGCCGAGGACGAUCGCUGCGUGUGCGACUUCACCUGCCUGGCCGUGCCCCGCAGCCCGGUGUGUGGCUCCGAUGGUGUCACCUACGCCAACGAGUGUGAGCUGAAGAAGACACGGUGUGAGAAGCGCCAGGAUCUCUAUGUCACUGGCCAAGGAGCCUGUCGUGCCCUUGCCACAACCCCACCACCCCUCCUGGUUGUGCACUGCAGCCAGACCAUCUACGGCUGCUGCCCAGACAACGUGACCCUGGCACUCGGAGUGGGAGCAGCAGGAUGUCCAAGCACGUGCCAGUGCAACCCCUACGGCUCCUACGGGGGUUCCUGUGACCCUGGCACGGGGCAGUGCUCCUGCAAGCCCGGCGUGGGGGGGCUCAAGUGCGACCGCUGCGAGCCGGGCUUCUGGAACUUCCGCGGCAUCGUCACCGACAGCAAGAGCGGCUGCACCCCCUGUAACUGCGACCCCGUGGGGUCAGUGCGGGAUGACUGCGAGCAGAUGACGGGGCUGUGCUCCUGCAAGACUGGCAUCACUGGCAUGAAGUGCAACCAGUGCCCCAACGGCAGCAAACUGGGCAUGACUGGCUGCGAGAAAGACCCCUCGGCCCCAAAAUCCUGCGAGGAGAUGAGCUGCGAGUUUGGGGCCUCGUGCGUGGAGGUCAACGGCUUUGCCCACUGCGAGUGCCCGUCCCCGCUGUGCUCAGAGGCCAACAUGACCAAGGUGUGUGGCUCUGACGGUGUCACCUAUGGGGACCAGUGCCAGCUGAGGACCAUCGCCUGCAGGCAGGGCCAGGUCAUCACGGUGAAGCACGUGGGGCAGUGCCACGAGUCCAUCACCCACACGAGCCACCCGUCGCCUCCCACGCCGCUGCCCACGCUGCCCUUGGACCGGCUCAUCCUCCCCCCGCCCCUGCCCCUCACCACCCAGGCUCCAGAGCCCACCGAGGUGGCCACCAGCUCCCCGCCGCUGGAAGCCAAGCCCACGGAACGGGGUCACCCCACGACGAGACGCGUCACGACGGCCAGGCCGGCCACGACGCCCUGGGCCACCCACGGCGGGCACAAGACCACGGUGCGGCCUCUCUCCACCGCCCCGGUGGUCCUGGCCACCCCCCAGCCUGCCUACGGGGAGUCGGGCAGUGCUGAGGGCAGUGGGGACCAGGAGAUGGGCGCCAGCGGGGACCAGGAGUCCAGCGGGGCGGGCUCUGCCGGGGAAGAGGAGGUGGAGGAAGGGCAGGUGACGCCCACCCCGGCCGUGGAGAGGGCCACGUGUUACAACGCCCCGCUGGGAUGCUGCUCCGACGGCAAGACCGCGGCUGCCGACGCCGAGGGCAGCAACUGCCCAGCUACCAAAGUCUUCCAAGGAGUCCUCAUCCUGGAGGAGGUGGAAGGCCAGGAGCUGUUCUACACCCCGGAGAUGGCUGACCCCAAGUCGGAGCUCUUUGGGGAGACGGCCCGGAGCAUCGAGAGCGCGCUGGACGAGCUUUUCCGCAGUUCUGACGUCAAGAAGGAUUUCAAGAGCAUCCGUGUGCGGGACCUGGGGCAGAGCAGCGCCGUCCGUGUCUUCGUGGAGUCCCACUUUGACCCAGCCACGUCCUACACGGCAGCUGAUAUCCAAGCGGCCCUGCUGAAGCAGAUCAAAGCUUCCAAGAAGAAGACCAUCCUGGUGAAGAAGCCCCAGCAGGAGCAUGUCAAAUUCAUGGAUUUUGACUGGAUCCCCAGGCUCUUCACCACCACCAUCACCACCACCACGGCCACCACCAUGGCCCCGGCCACCACCCGCAGGGCCACCACGGCCGCCGCCGUCACCACGGCCCGCGGGCAGCGCCCCGACGGCGCCGCCGGGAGCACCCGGAGGCCCAGCCCUCCCACCCUCCUGCCGGCCGCCAGCACCCGCAGGAAGCCCACCCGGCAGCCCCCCGUCACCAGGAGACCCCCCCGGCCCUGCGACUCCCACCCCUGCCUGCACGGGGGCACCUGCGAGGACGACGGCGAGGAGUUCACCUGCAGCUGCCCCGCGGGCAAGGGAGGGGCCGUCUGCGAGAAAACUAUCAGGUACUUCAUCCCCAGCUUCGGGGGCAAGUCCUACCUGGCGUUCAAGAUGAUGAAGGCGUAUCACACGGUGCGCAUCGCCAUGGAGUUCCGCACCCUGGAGCUCGGGGGGCUGCUGCUCUACAACGGCCAGAACCGCGGCAAGGACUUCAUCUCCCUGGCCCUGGUGGGCGGCUUCGUGGAGCUCAGGUUCAACACGGGCUCUGGCACGGGCGUCAUCACCAGCAAGGUCCGUGUGGAGCCUGGCAAGUGGCACCAGCUGGUGGUGAACAGGAACCGGCGCAGUGGGAUGCUCUCCGUGGAUGGGGAGCCCCACGUGAGCGGGGAGAGCCCCCCGGGCACCGACGGGCUCAACCUGGACACCGACCUGUUCAUCGGGGGAGCGCCCGACGACCAGAUGGCCGUGGUGGCAGAUCACACCACGGCCACCACGGGGCUCAAGGGCUGCAUCCGCCUCCUGGACGUGAACAACCAGAUGUACGACCUGCGGGAGAAGGGCAGCGACGUCCUCUACGGCAGCGGGGUGGGCGAGUGUGGCAACGACCCCUGCCACCCCAACCCCUGCCACCACGGGGGCAUCUGCCACGUCAAGGAGGCAGAGAUGUUCCACUGCGAGUGCCGCCACACCUACACCGGGCCCACGUGCGCCGACGAGAGGAACCCCUGCGAGCCCUCGCCCUGCCACGUCUCUGCCACCUGCCUGGUGCUGCCCGAGGGGGGUGCCCUGUGUGCCUGCCCCAUGGGCCGGGAAGGAGACUUCUGCGAGCGAGUGACAGAGCAGGACCACACCAUGCCCUUCCUCCCGGAGUUCAAUGGCUUCUCCUACCUGGAGCUGAACGGGCUGCAGACCUUCGUUCCUGACCUGCAGGAGAAAAUGUCCAUGGAAGUUGUGUUCCUGGCCAAGAACCCCAGUGGAAUGAUCUUCUACAACGGCCAGAAGACAGAUGGCAAGGGGGACUUCGUGUCCCUGGCCCUGCACGACGGGUACCUGGAGUACAGAUACGACCUGGGCAAGGGGGCAGCCGUGCUCAGGAGCAAAGAGCCGGUUCCCCUCAACACCUGGACGAGUGUCCUGCUGGAGAGGAACGGGCGCAAGGGGGUCAUGAGGAUCAACAACGGCGAGAGGGUGAUGGGGGAGUCACCGAAAUCCCGUAAGGUGCCUCACACCUACCUGAACCUGAAGGAGCCGUUUUACGUUGGAGGAGCCCCUGAUUUCAGCAAGCUGGCUCGAGCAGCUGCCAUCUCCACCAGCUUCGAGGGGGCUGUGCAGAGGAUCUCCAUCAAGGGGGAUCCCCUGCUGACGGAGCAGAACAUCCGCAGCGCCAUCGAGAUCUCGCCCUUCCGGGGCCACCCCUGCACCCAGAAACCCAACCCCUGCCAGAACGGGGGCACCUGCAGCCCCAGGCUGGAGAGCUACGAGUGUGCCUGCCAGAGGGGCUUCCACGGGGCCCACUGUGAGAAAGUGAUCAUCGAGAAGGCUGCUGGGGAUGCAGAGGCCAUUGCCUUUGAUGGCAGGACAUACAUGGAGUACCACAAUGCUGUCACCAAGAGCCACCUGGGCAAUGAGAUCCCUGCUCCCGAGGCGCUGGACUAUCCCGUGGAGCCCAGUGAGAAGGCCCUGCAGUCCAACCACUUCGAGCUGAGCAUCAAAACAGAGGCCACGCAGGGGCUGAUCCUGUGGAGCGGGAAGGGGCUGGAGCGCUCGGACUACAUCGCCCUGGCCAUCGUGGAUGGGUUCGUGCAGAUGACCUACGACCUGGGCUCCAAGCCAGUCGUCCUCAGAUCCACAGUCCCAGUCAACACCAACCAGUGGAUCCACAUCAAAGCCUCCAGGGUACAGAGGGAAGGCUCCCUCCAGGUUGGGAACGAAGCUCCCAUCGCUGGUUCUUCUCCACUUGGUGCAACCCAGCUGGACACAGACGGGGCCCUGUGGCUGGGGGGGCUGGAGAAGCUGAGUGUGGCUCACAAGCUGCCCAAGGCCUACAGCACUGGCUUCGUUGGCUGCAUACGGGAUGUCCUUGUGGACCGCCAAGAACUGCACCUGGUGGAGGACGCUUUAAACAACCCCAGGAUAUUACACUGCUCGGCCAAAUAGACCCCCAGAGACCCUCCCUCCUCCUUC